GGGGUGAACAGUGUAAUUAUCCCAAAAGAAACAGGGCACAAAUUGAGGUGGUGGGAAUCAAAAUGGCGGGAACCCGAUAAUCCAUUUGCCCAGUCGUCUUCGUUCUCCACUGGAUAUCUAAGUCUGUAGUCGCUCUGCUUUUACACGGACUAGACACACGUCUACGGUGAAAUGUACGGGAGCAGUCAGUUCGACGGCAACGCCGCCUUUUCCGGCGGCGGUUUCAUGCCUUCUCAGGCUACCCAAACCGCCGAUCCCGCCUUUUCUCCGGUCAAGAAUCGCGAGGCACAGGCUUUGCUUCCAUUAACCGUGAAGCAAAUAAGUGAAGCUUUUCAGGCCAGUGAUGACAAAGGGAAUUUUUUAAUUGAUGGCGUUGAUGUGAACAAUGUGAAAUUGGUGGGGAUGUUAUAUGAGAAAACUGAAAGGGUCACUGAUGUUUCAUUCGUGCUUGAUGAUGGAACUGGUCGCAUUGACUGCCAUAGAUGGGUUAAUGAAGCUGUUGAUAGCAAGGAAAUGGAGCUACUGACAAAUGGUAUGUAUGUAAAGGUUCAUGGGCACUUGAAGGGAUUUCAAGGCAAAAAACAAUUGAUGGUGUACUCUGUCAGGUCCGUCACAGAUUAUAAUGAGAUUGCAAACCACUUUGCUGAUUGUAUGUACGUUCACUGCCACAAUACCAGACUACGGAAGCUGCAGGAUGCUUCCCAAGUUCCAGGUCAUAUGCCAAAUUCAGCUGUUAACACCCCUUCGAAGGGUUACCAACCUACCCCAUCAAAUCAUCAUUCGGUGCAAUAUAACAUGGAUGGAGUCAAGGGCAUUGAUAAAAUUGUCUUAAACUAUUUGCAGCAGCCAUCAUGCAUUGCACGAGAAAAAGGAGUACAUCGUAAUGAACUUGCUCAACAACUAAAUAUUCCUGACCGCAAGAUCUCAGAAGCUAUUGAGUCUCUGGAAUCAGAAGGUCUAAUUUAUUCGACGAUUGACGAAUUCCACUACAAGUCCACUGCCAACGGUUAAAUUUGAAUAUAAGCGUAAAAUUGAUAGCUAUAGCAAAGUACAAUUUAAUCUUAUCUUUGUAGCUGUUAGUACUGUACAUCUAUAACUUUGAGCCCUUAGGUAUAUACAUACAUGCCUAUGAUAAUCUCAUGUUCUUGUGGUGUGGUGGUAACUUACAUUAUUGGGCUGUGGUGAACUCAAAUUGCAUCUCUUUGGUCUACAUUUGAAUGAACUAGUACGCUUGGAUUUU